AUGCCUACAACAUAUUUCAUAGUUUCAUUCUUGUUUCCUGCGAUUUUCGCUGAGUUAAAUAACGAAUCUAUAGCUAUAUGCAAAAAUUUGAAUUGCGAUAAUACAGGCGAUGUUGCUUGCGGGCUGAGAGUAGAAGAAACAGGUUUUCGACUAAAACUAUUUGAAAAUGAAUGUGAACUUUUAAAAUAUGGAUGUGAUACUGGCGGAGAAAAUGCUUAUGGACUUAUCAACAAAGAAUUCUGUGAAUCUGAAAAUCAAGAGCAGAGACUUGCUGAAAUUCUUCUAGAAGAUGAUUGUGCAUGUGAAGGAAAUCACACAACACCGCUCUGCGCUAUCAGAAAAGAUGGAGAGGGAUUCAGAGUCAGAUGGUUCGAGAAUAAAUGCGAACUAGUAGAGUACAAUUGUAGAAAUCCAGCAAAAUUUGUCGAAACGGAUAAAUACGUUUGUGAAAAUGCCAAUAUUGGUGUUAGUGAUGCAAGAUCAAAACCAAAUGAUAAAGAAAACCUAACAGAUUUCAAAAUACACAACGAUAAAGUAAAUUAUAAAGAAAAUAACAUAACAAACUUAGUUAUAGUCAAAGCGAAAUUUAACGAAGAUAAUAUAAAUGAUACGAUAGACAAAUUUUUCGCGACAACACACAUUUAUGAUGUGCCGUUACAAGAGGUACAUACGAGAAGAAAAUGGAUAAAGAAUGCUGGUCCGAUUAACGUGUUCAUUCCGAUGAAGAUCAUUCCUAAAAAUUUAACGGAUGAUUACGAGCAUAUACCUCUGAUGAGGACUUGUCUACACAAGUGUCCUACUUCGUGUCCAUCGGUGUACGCGCCGGUGUGCGGUCAGACGUCGUACGACACUCGUUCUCCGACGCUGAUGUUCCAGAACCACUGCUUCAUGGAUGUAGCCUCGUGUCGAAUGUACUGGGAGGACAAAGGUUCUAGUUACUGGGAAAGCCUGAUAGUAUUUUGUCUGGGGGAUGAAAUGGAUGCGGCUUACAGGUUCAUCCCAGCAAUCCGGACGCUGCAAAAGAUGGGGCGGCUGAAGAAGAAAGGGAAGUUCCGGCGCCGGAUCAAGAACUUCCGGUACCUUACUGACAUCCGGUCCGGACCUAUCAAGCCUAUGGGGUAGACCAGGGAUGGCUGGCACAAGAUGAUAAUGUUGAAAAU